AUGAUGAAGACUGAACCCCCAUCUGCAGCCAGUGGCAGCACUGGCACCACCCUCGUAGCAAGAAGUGCAUCGCCGCACAGGAACGCCUAUGAAGCUGGAAUUCAAUCUCUCAAGCCGGUAAAAGAUUUCAGUGCUGCUAAGGGCGAGGAUGGGAAACCUCGACCCCAGGGCCGGGGCUGCAAGUACGGCUCCAAUGUGCACCGCAUCAAGAAUAUGUUCAUGCAAAUGGGUUCCCCUGGGGAAGAAGAGGAUCCGUCGAAGGCCAAAGACCAGUCCAUCCGACUCUCCCUCCCCAGAGCGAGCAGUCUGAAUGAGAAUGUGGAUCACAGCGCGCUGCUCAAACUCGGCGGGACUGUGUCAGAGCGAGUUAGCCGCUUCGAUGGUAGCAGCUCCCGUGGACCAACCACAGGCUCCUCCAAGCUACAGGAGACACGGAAGAUAUUUGAGCAGCGUCACCUGCAGGAGAAGCAAGCUGCGACUAAUCGAAUCCUGUUAAAGAAAGAGCGGGCAUCGGGCUUCCAAGACAGCCGUUUGGAUGUGGUGGUGCGCUUCAACGGCAGCACAGAGUCAUUGGACAGACUGGAUGCGGGGGACUGUCGCGCAGAUGCAGUAUCCCCAACAGUCAGCCAAUUGAGCGCAGUGUUUGAACGGGCCGACCAGCGCAACAACCUACUCCGACCGUCUUCAACCUCCCCGCUGCCUUCUACCCCGGCCAAGGUGGGAGGAAUCAGCGCCAAAGUUGUCACUAGAAAGACACGAGUCUCCCCUCCGACGGAGAACCAAGAGGAGGGAGCUCAGCGCAAUGACCAAGAGGCUGCACCUGGGAGUCCGAAGAGUAGAACAAGCAUCCAAGCUGAUGGACCCAAAGGCAAACCAUCCGAGGAUGUGGCUGCUGGUACAGAUUUAGAUAAGUCCAGGUCGGAAGAGGGUUCCAAACCAGAGGAGCAUGCAGCACCAGGAGCACCAGAUGCAGGGAGUAGACUGGUACAGGCGGAUGUUCACGCCUCUCUGGAAAAUGGAGAGGCCACCAGCAGCCAUGAGCCCUCAGAACGAAAGGAGGAAAUUGGACAGGCCUGCUUCGAGGAGGAAUCCUACAGAGAGGAUAUCUCAGAAGCAGACCUGGUGGACAUCAGCGCGUACAGCGGGAUCGGAGAGGACUCUGGUGGGAGUCAGCUGGAUGAAGAUGAGGAGGCUGAGGAUGAUGAUACUUACGAACCAGAAUCCAGCUGUUCGGAAAUUCCUGGGCUGCCUGUGGAAGAUGAACCACCCCCCAGCAGGAAGAUUCGUUUCAGUACAAACUCCAUCAAGGUCUUCACCACAUACUCGAACGAGGACUACGACAGGCGUAAUGAUGAGGUUGACCCCAUGGCGGCUUCGGCCGAGUAUGAACUGGAGAAGAGGGUGGAGAGACUGGACCUUUUCCCCGUCGAGCUGGAGAAAGAUAAAGACGGAUUGGGAAUCAGCAUCAUCGGGAUGGGUGCCGGCGCAGACAUGGGCCUGGAAAAACUGGGAAUCUUCGUCAAGACAGUGACAGAAGGAGGAGCCGCCCACCGAGACGAAAGGAUCCAGGUGAAUGACCUGAUCGUGGAGGUGGACGGAACCAGCCUGGUGGGCGUGACCCAAAAUUUUGCUGCAUCGGUCCUCAGGAACACCAGCGGCACUGUCAAGUUUGUGAUUGGCCGGGAGAAGCCCGGGGAACAGAGUGAAGUGGCCCAGCUGAUCCAGCAGACACUGGAACAGGAGAGAUGGCAGAAAGAAAUGAUGGAGCAGCGCUACAACCCCUACAUGGAAGAGGACGAAGAGACGGGUGAAUAUGCCGCCGAUGAAGAGGAAGAGAUGAGCCCCAUGUUUCCUAAUGCCAUCGAGGUGUUUGACCUGGCAGAGAAUGAAGACAUGCUCUCUCCUGUGGAGAUGGACCCAGAGAAACUCGCACACAAGUUUAAGGAGCUCCAGAUAAAACAUGCUGUGACCCAGGCUGAGAUCCAGCAGCUCAAGAGGAAGCUGGCUCACGCUGAGCAGGAUAAGCUGCGCUGGCGGAUGGAGAGGGCUCAGUUGGAGCAGACGGUGAGAGAGAAUAAGGAGCGGAUGGAGAAGUUGGAGGGCUAUUGGAUGGAGGCUCAGAGCUUGUGCCAGGCGGUGGAUGAGCACCUGAAAGAGACACAGACGCAGUACCAGGCGCUGGAGCGCAAGUACAGCAAAGCCAAACGCCUCAUCAAAGAGUACCAGCAGAAAGAGAUUGAGUAUUUGAAGAAGGAGACGGCCCAGCGCAGAGCACAAGAGGAGUCAGAGGCCAGCCACAAGGUGGAGACAGAAAAUCUCCAGGAGAAGAUUACGGACUUGGAGUCAAAGGUUGGCGCUCUGAAGAGCUUGGAGCCGUCGUAAACCUUCCUCUGUGGAAAUGACGGAGAGAAUGACAGAAAAGCCUUGAACUCCGCCCACUCUACCCUCCGACCACAUUUUCCCUCCAUGACCUGAAGAGCCUGAUGAACUACAGGAAACAUGCUGAGGGGAUGUUACCGGGGACAAAGAGGGGACAACACACACUGUACCAGACGCCUGAGGGACGUCUAGCCAUCAGGAGGCCCUUUUUAUAGUCAUUCAGUCAUGUUCUCCAUUUCUUUUUAAGCGCCCAUAAAGGUAUUAUGAGCCUCUCUGCUCUCGGCAGGAAUGUAGAACCUCUUCGUUAAUAAACGUUCACUCACAUGCUUGCAGGAGAAGAGCGAAAUGGUUGCCGGACAAAGACGGCACGGAUGCCCACAUGCACCCUUAAUAAGUGUAGGAUGGGAGCGAGAGGCGGCCUGUAUAGCAGUGACUGACAAGAGGACUGUUUGUAUAUAUUCUGGCAUAUAUUUAAAUAUUAAAACCGCUUAAGCAAUGUACUGGGGGGAGGAGAAGGGGUAAGGGCUUUACUUUUCACAUCUAGGCAAAUAAUACAGUGAAAAUGAUCCAUUUUUGCAUGGCAAAAGAGAGAGUUUUUUUUAGGACUAAAUUGGAAAACAGGGUGUGAAAAGUGUAAUCUUGACAUUUAGAGUUAGCAUUCAGGGGCUUCUCAUGUUUGCUUUCUGUGUAAAAGACGUGCUAAUGGAAGUAGAAUGAAUAGGGGCUUAUGGGUGAGGUUUCUUCACAGGUUGUGCUUUAACUCCAGUGCUUGUGGUUAGUUGGUGCAGUGUGCCUCGGUCAACCCUGCAAUGUCGUCUGACUCUGUGACGUGACAGAGUAAGACUUCUGCAUCAAUCAGAAAUAUGGCCUUGUUUUAUUGCUACCCAAAAGCUUUCACCAGCCCUCUUUGUUUAAGCAGACUUAUAGUGUGUUUACUCCAACGUAUUGGUCUCCGGGGGCCACAGUAAGUGCACUCAGAUUGCACUACAGAGAAUCCAGGAGAAUCCUAAAGUUUUCUGCUUAAUUCCUCCUCUGUCUGAUGGACGUGGAUUGGUUCAGUAUUAGCAUUCCAUAUACUAGGAUGUGGAAUCUCCCUUUAGUUGGUUUGUGGUGUUAGAAGCCACUUUUGUCUUCGUUAUGUUGUCUUAAAUGUGUUUUUGUUUUUUAUUGUACUCCUGGGAAAACUGGAAUUUUGACACAGGAAUUUGAGACUUCAAUUAUAUGUCACCUUUUUCAACUCAAAUCCACAGAUGGCCCCAAGUUAGCAUGUUAGAGAUACCGAGCCUCAUUCAUAGGACACGAGCAGAAUUUAACUGAAAUAUUCGUAAAUACCACUCCUGGGGGCCAUUCACACAGAACCAAUAAAAAAACAUGUCUCGAGAUCUUGCGUUUUUUCCCUUUCCACAAAAAAAGGUUUUGAAACACUUUUUUUUUUUUUAAGUAGAACUUAUUUUUAAUUUGAGCACCGUGUUUUAAAAAGCCACAAGCCACAAGACUUGAACACAAAGGUCAAACAUGUCCUAGCACGUGUUGUUUACAUAGAAAAACAACGGAAAUGUAGAGCAGUGAAAUGCAAAAAAAAAAAGGCGUUCUGUGAACCACCUUCACGUAAAUGUAAGGGAUGGUUCACACAGAAUGCAUUUUGCCUUCUACUGCGCUGCUUUUUUGUUAUUUUUCUCGUAAAACGCAUGAGCUUCGCGUUUUUAACACACUCUCAAGUGUCAACCCUUUUUUUUAUUUGUUAAACUGCGUCACGCGUUUGUAAACAGAAGAACGCCUUCUGUGUGAACGGCCCCCAGUUUGUGGAGCGCAAAUUAUUUUCUUUAGUUUCUUUAGUUAGUUGUGUCCUAUUCUCACUGUUGAGCCUCUUACAUCAACCAUAUCGAUGAAAGAGAAUCAAGUUGUUUUUUCGCAUGACAAAAAAACUCUUAUUCCUGGCUCAGUAUUGAAAACCUUAAAGAGUAUUGGAAUUCUUCCUAUUUCCCUCCCUAAAGUGUUUGUGUUGUUCAGCUUUUUACAAACUGUUCUAAUUUUACGUGAUUUUCAUUCAGUUUUUAGUAUUUUUUUUUAACUAUUACAAGUCAGUUUCUGUUUUACAUUGGUUAAAAUGUUGAUAAAGCAACAGGGUAGCACUGAGAUUCAAACGAUGCUGCAGAGUUUCGUGAAACGAUGGUAGGAACAUAAUAGGAAUCUUAAAAUCAUUACUAUUCUGCUAACCUAUUUUGAAUGUCAACCAUCCUAAACCGCAAUUAGAGUUUAUGUCUGACUUUCAUUGUCAUAGUCACCUAAAAUCAUUUUUCAGGUAAGCGAGAACAAGCACUGACUGGAAACGAUUUUCUCGCUCCAUUAAUUAUGGGACUAUUAUCUCAGUUGUACUGCUCUUAAUUCGUUGACUCUUUAACCCUAUAACUAAGGAAGCCCACUGGGUUGACAAGGACCUUAUUAGCAAAGAUAUUCGAACAAAACGGUCAUAUUUGCUGUGUAUAGUUCUGUUUACUGUGAGCCUCUGUUUGCUGAAAUGUGAUGUGCUGACUAGUACACAACGACCUUGUGUAUGGAUGUCCAGAGGUGGCACGUUCAGCCGUGCGUCACACUGUAGAAACGAGCAAACUGGGUUAUUGAGGUAACGGACACUUUGAAUCUUUGAAACGCUUUUAAAUUUCACAUUUUAGCUUAGCUUAGCUUAGCUGCUGCCUUUAAUGAAACGAAUUUGCUUCCAUGUACAGGAAAGAGCUCUGUGUUUUUCUCCUCACUUGCUGGUGUAAUAGUUAGUUCCUCUUUAUUUUUGGUGUCCUACGGUGUAUUUAAAUCUAAUAAUAAAAUGAGUACAAAAUAACAUGUUUAAAGAUGUUACGUUCCAGUGUCGUUAAACAAGCAGCAACUUGCUUAGCUCUAUAUUGGAGAGGAAAAAAGUGUCUACAAAUGCCACAGUUUGUAAUUUGAUUGUAAUUGCCAUAAUUAUGACAUUAGCGCAUUUGUCUGACACCUAACAUAAAGCAGGAACACCGAUUUUUAUAGUUGUUUUACGAACUCGACUGUACUGUUAAGUUCCUUUUUUUAGCCCUGCCAUGUAAAUUGCUACAACAUGAACCGGAGGAAGAUGUUCUCCAUUUGAAAUAAUCGUCAUCAUGUUCAAUAAUUGCAUACGUACUGUCAUAAUAAAUGCAGAAAUGUGCU